AUGGGCCAGAUUGAGGAUCUGAUCAUUAAAGCUGUUCUGAGCGCUGAGAUCCACAUCGCCACAGCCUGCAAGAUGUUGGUCCCUCAUCACUGCAACUGCUUUGAACUGUACGGUUUCGACGUUCUCAUUGAUUCCAACCUCAAACCGUGGCUCUUGGAAGUGAACCUCUCUCCCUCACUGGCACGCGAUGCUCCUCUGGAUUUAAAGAUAAAGGCCAGCAUGAUCUCCGAUAUUGUGGGUUUUGUGUGUCAGGAUCCGUUAUUACGACAGCCGUGUCCCGACAGAGCUGGGAUUGAUUCAAGAAUGAGGAAUCCUACCCAGAAGCCUCAGAUGCUGGAUCCCGCUCUGUCCGAGGACCCAGCACACUCGUCCGGAAACCCCAGGAGGUGUGCCAUGCUUGAGAAAUGA